GAUGAUGACAAAUAGGCUACAUGCAUUUGUAUCUGUCAUUUGUCAUUUUCUUUGAGAAGAAGGCGCCAUGGCCGCCGAUAAAGAACAAUUUCACCAAAUUUUAACUUCUCUAUUGUCUACUGAUAAUAACAUCCGAUCCCAAGCUGAGGAAGCUUAUUCUAAUUUGGUUAUUGACUCCAAAGUGAGUCAUCUCAUUAUUGCCAUUCAAGAUGGGAACCUAUCUGAAGAAGCGCGUCAAAUGAGCGCUGUAUUAUUGAGACGAAUUUUUUCCAAUGACUUCCUAGACUUCUACCCUAAACUUUCGCCAGAUAACCAAUUACAACUUAAGCAACAGGUUAUCUUGGCUAUACAAAAUGAACAACAGUCUGUUCAACUCCGUAACAAAGUUUGUGAAGUGGCUGCAGAAGUAGCAAGAAAUUUAAUUGAUGAUGACGGAAAUAAUCAGUGGCCAGAAUUUUUGCAAUUUCUGUUUCAAUGUGCGAACGCGCCAAGUCCGGUUCACAAAGAGGCUGCUCUCCGUCUCUUUGCCAGUGUGCCGGGAGUGUUUGGAAACCAGCAGAACAACUAUUUGGAUCUUAUAAAGCAGAUGUUGAUGAGUAGCUUAGCUAGCUCAGAACCCUAUGACGUUAGAUUCCAAGCCGUGAGGGCCGUAGGAUCUUUUCUAAUCAUCCAUGAUAAGGAAACUCAGGUUUUGAAACACUUCAAUGAUGUACUCUUGCCAAUGUUGAUGGUCGUUGCUGAGAGCAUGCAGCUGCAACUGGAUGAUACACUCCUCAAGUUACUCAUCGAGAUGGCUGAAACUGUACCUAAAUUUUUAAGACCCCAAAUCGUGCCUGUGUAUGAGAUGUGCAUGAAGUUGUUCAGUGACGGUUCAGCGAUUGAUAGUUGGAGGCAGCUCUCCCUAGAGGUGAUGGUUUCACUUGCUGAAAUGGCGCCUGCUAUGGUAAGGAAGAAUGCUGGCAAGUAUAUUGCCCAGUUAGUUCCUGUGAUACUCCAGUUUAUGGCCGAUAUCGAAGAGGAGGAAGAUUGGAGCAAGUCUGACGAACUACUUGACGAAGAAAACGAUUCCAACCACGUUGUUGCAGAGGCAGCACUAGAUCGUCUCGCUUGUGGGUUAGGUGGAAAGACUAUUCUACCUUUGGUUACACAACAAAUACCUGCCAUGUUGGCGCACCCAGACUGGAGACAGAGAUAUGCUGCCCUUAUGGCAUUGAGUGCCAUCGGGGAAGGUUGUCACAAGCAGAUGGAGGAUAUGCUAGGACAAAUCGUCAAUGGAGUUCCUGGAGUUAUGCAAGGUGUCCUCACAUAUUUGCAAGACCCUCAUCCUCGAGUGAGGUAUGCGGCGUGUAAUGCCAUUGGUCAGAUGUCCACAGAUUUCGCACCUGUGCUGCAAAAACAAUUUCAUGCUACUGUUGUGCCUACACUAUGCAUGCUUUUGGAAGACAAUGAGAACCCAAGAGUACAGGCGCAUGCAGGUGCGGCUCUUGUAAACUUUGCCGAGGAUUGCCCGAAGCACAUCCUCACGGGUUACUUGGACACAUUGAUGGGUAAACUGGAAGCUAUUCUCUCAUCCAAAUUCAAGGAAUUGGUUGAAAAGGGCACGAAACUUGUGUUGGAACAAGUGGUUACUACUAUUGCGAGUGUAGCUGAUACUGCCGAAUAUGAAUUCAUUGCCUAUUAUGACCGACUGAUGCCCUGUUUGAAGUACAUCAUCUUGAAUGCUAAUAAGGACGAGCUGAAACUCCUGAGAGGAAAGACCAUUGAAUGCGUCACCCUGAUCGGUGUUGCUGUGGGAAGCGAAAAAUUCCAAAACGAUGCACGCGAAGUAAUGGACAUGUUACUGAAAACACAUGGUGACGGUGUCGAUCUACCAGACGACGAUCCACAAACUAGUUAUAUGAUAUCGGCAUGGUCCAGAAUAUGCAAGGUUCUUGGAAGGAACUUUGAACCAUACCUACCCCUUGUUAUGGGACCAGUUAUGAGGACAGCUUCCAUGAAACCUGAUAUAGCACUUCUUGAUAAUGAGGAUAUGCAGGGUGUUGAAGGUGAUGAAGACUGGCAAUUCGUUUCACUUGGCGAGCAGAAGAAUUUCGGAAUACGAACUGCAGGUUUGGAGGAUAAAGCUGCCGCAUGUAUGAUGCUUGUGUGUUAUGCGAGAGAACUGAAAGAGGCUUUCGCCAAGUAUGCAGAGGAGACGGUCAAAUUGAUGGUGCCUAUGUUGAAAUUUUACUUCCACGACGAUGUUAGAAAUGCUGCAGCAGAAUCCCUGCCUUGGCUCUUGGAAUCUGCAGCCAUUAACGGUCCAGCCUUUGUGCAGGCCAUGUGGAACUACAUUUGUCCGGAACUGCUGAAGGCUCUCGACACCGAACCGGAAACUGAAGUAAUGAUGAUUCUCUUGGACUCGAUGGCAAGGUGUAUCGAGAAACUCGGAAUCGGUUGCCUGGAUCAGGAUUCUAUGAAUGAGCUACUCAAAUUGAUCGAUAAAUUGAUGAAGGAACAUUUUGAAAGGGCUACUGACAGAGUUUCGAAGGUUUUGGAUGAAGAUUAUGAUGAGAUUGUCCAGGAACAAUUAGAAGACGAGGAAUCAGACGACAUUUAUUUGCUGAGCAAAAUUUCAGAGUUGAUACAUGCACUUUUCAUUUCGUACAGAGAACAAUUUUUACCAUUUUUCGAUCAGAUAUGCAACCAUUUCGUAGCACUGCUUGAACCGAACAAGGCUUGGGCUGAUCACCAAUGGGGUAUAUGCGUGUUCGACGAUCUGGUCGAGUUCACGGGACCCGCAAGUGCCAAAUAUCAGGGUCUAUUCAUCACGGCCUUCCAUAUGUACGUCAAGGACAAGAGCAGCGAGGUCAGGCAGGCUGCCGCCUACGGUUGGGGGGUGUUGGCCCAGAUGGGCCCCGACGAGUACGUUCACGAACUGACCAAGGCCGUGCCGUCGUUGGUCGAAAUCAUACAGGACCCCAAAUCGAGGGAUCAGCGGAAUAUCAAUGCAACAGAGAAUGCAAUUUCUGCCCUGACGAAAAUAAUGAAGUUCAAGCCUGCAGCCAUCACGAACGUGGACGAACUGUUGCCGAUGUGGCUGAGCUGGCUUCCUGUCAUCGAAGAUGCCGACGAGGCCCCACACGUUUAUGGUUAUUUAUGUGAUUUGGUAGAGCAGAACAAUCCACUCAUUUUAGGAGCCGGUAAUAUCAAUAUACCUAGGAUCAUCGCAAUUGUAGCAGAAGCAUUCUUCAGAGACGUUAUGGAACCAACAAAACCCGAAGGAGUUAGAAUGUUAAAUAUUGUGAGACAGGUGCAGUCGAAUGAAGCAUUGUUUCAAACAGUAGUCCAAUCUUUAGCUGCAGAAUUACAACAGGCCCUACAUAAUGCAUUACAUGCGAAAACUCAAUAGCUCCCUUCAAGAUGAUUAAAAGUGACUUUUUUUUUUUAAAUUAUGUACGAUUCAUUAUUUUUAUAUAAUUAAAAUGUGUUAUGUAAGUUAAUAUGCAAAAGUUCAUGUCUUGGUCCUGUGAGUAGGGCUAUUUCCUCCUACUUUCGUGCUCAAAUAUGUUAUUUGCUUGUAUUUUUCACAAAUUCUAUUUUCAUUUCAAAUUGACCAAGACGAACCGUUGCAAGUUUUAUCAAUUCACCUAAAUUUUUAGGUGCAUUUAUAAAUUUUUGGGAAUACAUGUGCGCUUUUAAGAACAGACUUGCAACUCAAUGUUAUGUGAUACUUUUCUCUGAAAUGCACCAAAAUAAAUUUUAUAAUUGAAUUCCUUUUAGUUUUUAGAACUUUAAAAUUAACCGAAGAACAUCAAUGUUAUGCAAAAAACGUUAAAUUAAUUUUUCAAUAAUCUUACAUUUUUUAACCCCAUCUUGAAAAUUUCAGUGGAGAUCUGUGAUUUGGUAAAGUUGUUUCAAAUAUUUAUUGUUAGAGAUAAUUAUGUAUUGUGGCCUUGAAAAAUAUAAAUCGACUAUGUUGAAAAUGAGAACUGCCUUAACUAAAUUAAUUUAAUAAUUUUUAUUGCAUAAAAUUGUCUUGUUUUUAUCCCUACUAUCUGAACCGCCUGUUGAAAUGUUCGAAACGUGAUUUGCCAGUAGUUCAUCAUUUUUAACAUUUCUCUGAAUUUUAUAGUUGAAGAUAUUUGUUCCUGAAUUUAACAAAUUCCAUGAAUUUGGUUAAUAGAAAUGUGUCGAUGGCAAUACUCAAAAUUGACUAAUUCAUAAGAUAACAUCUGUUCAGGCUGAAGAAUAAAAAAAUUUUUUCAAAAUA